CAGGCAUUCGCUUGUUGUAUCAUUCGCGUAAGACGUAGCGGACGGGAAGACGGUGAAAAUGGAUUCUAACCUACCAGAAAGUGUUAAGUUAGAAGUGAAUAACUUUAACUCUAGAUCAACCUGUAGCUUGGAGUCGUCCGAAAACAAUGAUAAUGAGAGGGAGCACUGGUCCGGCAAGUUGGAUUCACUACUUUCCUUCCUCGGAUAUGCUGUCGGACUAGGAAAUCUUUGGAGAUUUCCAUACCUUUGCAUGAGGAACGGCGGAGGAGCAUUUCUCAUCCCAUUCCUAAUUUUCCUGGUGUUAUGUGGACUGCCGUUGUAUUUCCUGGAACUUUGCCUCGGACAGUUUACUGGAAAGAGUGCAAGUCAUGCGUGGGAAGUGUGUCCGAUCUUCAAAGGUGUUGGAGUUGGGAUGGUGAUAGCCAUAGGGAUAAUCGGUCUAUACUACAACGUCAUCAUUGCCUGGACAUUGUUCUACAUUGGCAACAGUUUCAUCAGUCCUCUCCCUUGGAGCACAUGUUCCAAUGACUGGAACACCGACACAUGCGGGGUCCGGGUGGGUGACAACACUGGCAGAAACAUUUCAUUCAUUCCAAAUGUGACACGCUUGAAUGAAACUCUUCAGAAUAGUACCAUCAAUUACCAUGUUUUAUCGACAGUCAAGGGACUUACCUCUGAAGAAGAAUUUUGGCAGUAUAAAGUGUUAAGUAUGUCAUCUGGUCUGGACGUCAUCGGUCGGAUUCCAUGGCACUUGGCAGUGUGCUUCUUCGCCGCGUGGAUACUCGUCUACCUAUGCCUGAUUAAAGGUGUAAAGUCGAUAGGAAAGGUGGUAUACGUAACCGCGACACUACCGUACAUACUGCUGACGGUCAUCCUUGUCCGGGGACUGACUUUACCAGGAGCUAUCGACGGAGUCUUGUUUUACCUAACACCGGACUUCAACAGACUAGCUGAUAUGCAGGUAUGGAUAGAGGCGGCGCUACAGGUCUUUUACUCACUAGGCCCAGCAUGGGGCCCUAUGAUUACUAUGGCAAGCUACAACAAGUUCAAUAAUAACUGUUACAGAGAUGCUGUUGUACUGACAUUUAUGAGUGAGGGGACCAGCAUAUAUGCCGGACUGGUGGUAUUCUCUGUGCUCGGUUUCAUGGCAAACAAAGCCAACCUUCCGAUAUCUGAAAUCGCUAAAUCAGGUCCUGGUCUGGGAUUCGUGGCUUACCCUGAAGCACUCGCCCAGCUUCCUAUCCCUAACCUUUGGGCAGCCCUGUUUUUUAUCAUGCUGCUAACGGUGGGGCUGGACAGUCAGUUUGUCCACAUAGAGGCUGUCUGUACUGCUAUAACAGACACAUACCCCGCUCUGAGGAAGAAACGAAUGAUCUUCACUGCUAUCGUGUGUGCAGUAUGGUUUUUACUGGGACUACUCAUCUGUACUCAGGGAGGGAUAUACAUUUUCCAAAUGGUGGACUGGUAUGUAGCCUCCAUAUCACUGCCCCUGUUUGGGUUACUGGAGGCCGUAAUCAUUGGAUGGUUCUACGGAGCGGAGAGAUUUGCUCGCGAUAUAAGCCUGAUGUUAAAUCGAGGUGUGCCUGUAUUCAUGAGGGUGUGCUGGUGUUUCCUCACUCCGGCAGUGCUGAUGUUCCUGUUGCUGUUUACCUUGUCCACCUACAAACCACCAACAUACGGGGACUAUGUGUACCCCGGAUACACAUCAAUCAUCGGCUUCAUCCUGGCAUUGGUACCCAUCAUUCCUCUUCCGAUUUGUGCUUUGCUGACGAUUCGUGGAUCACCGGGACAAACACUUAUGGAGAAAGUUGCGAUGUCCUUCAAACCGUCUCCUAAAUGGAAACCCAUUUCACAAGAACAUGCUAAGGGUUAUGAUGUCACGAGAAAUAACAGUGAUCGAACCUUUGUUGAGGUCAUGAAAAGGAACAUCCUGGGCGACAGCAGCUACAACUAUGACACAUAACGAGCUCUCGUGUAGAAUCGGUAUCCAGGAAUUCAUAUUAUAUAUGUGAGCAUGUACAUAGUUAUAUCGAAAUAUCAUACGGUAUCUGUAUGUGAUCAAUAAUGCUAAGGCAGUCAGUACUUAUUGUACUGAUGAAUAUGUAUUGAUUAACUGCUUUUGUAUUCUUCGCGUCGUGUAUUUUAUGAUUUCCAUCCCCCUGAAUAAGUUCUUGCCAUCUUUAGACACUUAUUAACGGUUAUUCAUCUGAAAAGAUAUCAUCGAAAUUUGCACAUAAUGUUGAACAUUAGUGGUGUAACAAUGCUGUGAUUAGUACUUAGACGAAAUAUGGUCUUAAGCUGUAUUGAACCAUAUAACAUCAAGGUUUAUCUAGUUUAGACUGACAUACAGCGACAGAAUGAGUUGUCAUUUCAGAGGAUUUAGACUGACAUACAGCGACAGAAUGAGUUGUCAUUUCAGAGGAUUUAGACUGACAUAUAGUGACAAAAUGAGUUGUCAUUUCAGGGGAUUUAGACAGACGUACAGUGACAUAAAGGGGAGACAAUUCAGAAGAUUUAGACAGACGUACAGUGACAUAAAGGGGAGACAAUUCAGAAGAUUUAGACAGACGUACAGUGACAGAAUGAGGAGACAAUUCAGAAGAUUUAGACAGACGUACAGUGACAGAAUGAGGAGACAAUUCAGAAGAUUUAGACAGACGUACAGUGACAUAAAGGGGAGACAAUUCAGAAGAUUUAGACAGACGUACAGUGACAUAAAGGGGAGACAAUUCAGAAGAUUUAGACAGACGUACAGUGACAUAAAGGGGAGACAAUUCAGAAGAUUUAGACAGACGUACAGUGACAGAAUGAGGAG